AGUCCUGAUAAUUUGAUAAAGCGUUGGCAAAAUAUUGGCCUAUUUCCAUUUAUAUUCAGUUUUGUGUUUAGUUUUUAGAAAAACUACCGUUCGUGUGUGCGAAUAUCGGUUAUUAAAUUAAAUAAAUUAAUCAAAAAUUCAAUCAAACCGUCGUAUAUUCGUGUAACUUUAGUAUUUCGAGAGUUCCGACCGAAGUUGCCAUUCUUUCUGUUUGUUUCGGAUGCUAACGUAUAGAAAAAAUCUCCAGCGAAAGUGAUCUCGUGUGGUACCUAUUGAGAUGAGUCAUAUAACCGCGAGUCGUCAACGAAACUAUAAUCACGCUGAUAAGAAGUUCAGCGGAGCCGUAUCAAUUUAGCAGUUCACUUGUCCGGAGGAAUGGUUGGUAUAUCCGAAUCGUCCAACUCCUUAUUUAACGGUCUGGAAUUGAAUAAUAAUUCGAAUCAUAUAACCGAUAAUAACGUCUCGAACGCGUCACCCGAAGAGCUGGCAUUGUUAGCCAAACUGGAGCAAGCAAACAGAUUGAUCGAAUCGGACUCGAAAUCUCUUAAUUCGAUAUCGAAUAAUUGUGGCCAUUCGCGAAAGAGUUCCGAUACAUCGUCUCAAAUUUCACUCACAUCGGCCACUAGUUCUAGUCAUGAUCGGGGCGAAGAAAGCGAAGAAGAUUUGUGGAGUGUAUGGGGCCAUAUCGUCAACGAUUGGGACAAUUACAUGAAGAAAAAAAAUAAUUUAGUUAAGGAUUUGGUUAGAAAAGGUAUCCCUCAUCAUUUCCGCGGUAUUGUAUGGCAAUUAUUGUGCGGAGCUCAUGAUUUACCAGUCAAGAAACAAUAUGCUGAGUAUAUUAAAGCUACGUCAGCGUGCGAAAAGGUUAUCAGAAGAGAUAUCGCCAGAACUUACCCGGAACAUGACUUUUUCAAAGAAAAAGACGGUCCCGGUCAAGAAAGCCUUUUCAAUGUUAUGAAAGCGUAUUCCUUGCACGACAGAGAAGUAGGUUACUGUCAAGGUAGCGGUUUCAUCGUUGGACUUUUAUUGAUGCAGAUGCCCGAAGAAGAAGCAUUCGCAGUUUUUGUAAAAUUAAUGCAAGAUUACAAAAUGCGCGAUAUGUUUAAACCUACAAUGGCUGAACUAGGCCUUUGUAUGUUUCAACUCGAAAAUUUAGUACAAGAAACGUUACCAGAUUUGUACGUACAUUUUCAAUCGCAAAGUUUCCAUACUAGCAUGUACGCUAGUAGCUGGUUUCUUACUCUAUUUACAACUACGUUCGCCCUUCCUACGGCAUGCAGGGUAAUCGAUGUAUUCCUUUCGGAAGGCAUUAGCGUAAUUUUCCAAAUUGCAUUAGCGAUGUUACACUUGGGAAAAGAAGAUUUAUUAUCGUUGGAUAUGGAAGGAAUGUUGAAGUUCUUUCAAAAAGAAUUACCCACGAGGGCGGAUUCCGAUCCCGAUAGUCUGAUGGCUUUAGCUUAUAAUAUGAAAAUUAAUCAGAAAAAAAUGAAGAAGUUGGAAAAGGAGUAUACUAUUAUCAAAACCAAAGAGCAAGAAGAAAUGGUCGAAUUACGAAGAUUACGAACGGAGAAUAGGCUUCUUCGUCAACGAGUCGAAUUACUCGAAGCCGAAUCGAGCGAACUGGCUGAUCGUCUGGUACGUGGACAAGUAUCGCGAGCAGAAGAAGAAGAGACCACGUUUGUCGUACAAAGAGAACUGGCCGCAUUACGACAUACCCAUCUAGAAACAUCUCACAGACUAGAAAACGCUCAAGAAGAAAUUAAAAUGCUAUCUUUGUUGUUAACUUCGCAAAACAACAACUCGUAUCAGUCUUCUUUGGAUGAAAACUCGUUAAAGGAGCAAUUAUCCCAGAAAGAAGAAAUUAUCGAAUGUUUGCAAGCUGAGCUUGUCAAAGUCCGACUGAGGGAGGCUGAAAAUGAUGCUCUGAUUCGUGAUCUGAGGGCAAGAAUACACGAUUUAGAAGAGGAUAAAAAAACAUUACGAGAAUCGACGGUUGAUAAUUCGGUGGCGCAUUUGCAAGAAGAACUGAUAGCGGUGAAAUUACGAGAAGCUGAGGCUAAUUUAUCGUUGAAAGAUUUACGUCAGAGGGUCAAUGAAAUCAGCACACAAUGGCAGAGACAUCUACAAGUAAUUAGAAAUGAAAAACGAGUCGAAGCGCCUCCUACACCCGAAUCGACGCCUAAAAAAAUCGGCAAUUUGUUGAAUUGGAAUAAUACAGAGUUCCAGAAAGUGGAAGAAGAAUUAAUGACGACUAGGUUAAGAGAAAUGGAGGCUCUGACCGAACUUAAAGAGUUGAGACUGAAAGUAAUGGAGUUAGAAACACAAGUUCAAGUUAGCGGCAAUCAACUCAAACGUCAAGACGAAGAUAAAAAAGAUCUGCGAGAGCAGCUCGACCAAGCCGAGCAAAGAGAACGCGAAAUGGCUGCGAAAUUCCGAGAACAGCAGUAUAAAUAUGCCGAUUUAGAAUCAAAGAUGAAAGAUGAACUUAUGAUGGCCAGAAUAAGAGACGCCGAACAUGCCCAAAUGGUUGCCGAACUUACCCAAAAAGUAUCCAUAUUAGAAUUGAAAAAUCAAGAAAUGGUAGCCGAAGGCAGUCUGCGAAGUAAUGUAGACGACAGUGAUCGUGUUCGCGAACUACAAGAUAAAGUUGUCGAUCUAAGAGCCGAGAUCUUACGUAUGGAAAACUGGAAACAAAACUGGUGCGAAAAUUGCAACCGUAAAAACAAAUCGGCGUUUUCAACAUCGGUCGAUACAGAAAGCGAACACGAAGAAUCGCCUUGUGAUCUUCAACUGCAUCUGCAUAACGUGACCGGAUCCACGACGAAUGUAUCCAGUAUCGUUACUACGAGUUAAUCUACGUAUCUUGUUCGAGAGUAUUUUUCAACGUUAAUAUUAUUCGUAAACUACUAAAUUAGUUGCACAAAAUUGUACGAAUGAGAUGAUGCUCGCGUACAUUUUCUUCAGUAUUAUACAUAUAGCUCUGGACGACGAUUCGUUCGUAUUCGUACCUACUACUCUACCCGUUGACUCGCAAAAUUAGGUAUUGUUAUUUGUAAAUAUUUAACGGAUACUAUCGUUAUCAGUAUUAUAUCAAGGGAAGAAAAAAAGAGCGCAAACCUUUUUACUGGAAAAAAAUUUUUUUUCAAAGUGCAAUUUUUUUUUUGUUUUUAGUCGAUAAACCAAAUAAUACGAAGAGAAAAUAGUGCUGUAGUUGAAAUGGCUUUCGUUCAAUUUACACGUCUACAUAUCAGAAUUUUUUCAGGUGCUUUUUAACCGACAGCGCUGUUUUCUCCGUUUUUAAAGUAUUUAUUUAUUUUUUUUUUUAAAAAGUAACUUAACUUGUCAAUUUGGAGUAGCCCCCAAAUUAAAGGCGGAUAUUGAGAAGGCUACGUGUAUACCUAUUUAAUAUUAUGUAUAUACAAUUUUUAAUUAAUAUUUUUCGCGCUUCCGUCCACACGUCAGCUCUUAAUAUAUAUAUUUUAUAUCGAUCUUCCAUUACAUACGAUAAAAUUCCAUGUUAAUUCCAAUUGUGAUACAUUUGAAUUGGCAAAAUAUUCAUUACGCGUUUUUUUAAUCUUACUUACCUAUACCUGUAGGGCUUGUGCAAUAUGUACUAAAAUCAAUAGGCAUUAUUUCCUGAAAAUCUUCACGUAUCUUUUAUGUAUCAUCGACGAUGACGUCAAUUGAAUAAUUUGCCAACGAAAUGCGCCAAUAACAUCUUAUUUUGUAUUUUAGUUACCUACCUGUUAAUUUUUAAUGUAUAGUUCGCUUCGUGUUAUGAGCAUUAUAUUGUAUCUUGUUUUAAGACCCCCAGAGUAGUUACGUAGAAUAUUUUUGCCCCAGCUAUGCAAUCCCCGAAUCCCCAUCGUCGUUAUUUCGUAUUUAAUUUCAUCGAGUUGGCGAUUUCAUUAGAUAAUUAUAAAUUUUUUUUUUUUAGGUACCACAUUUUUUAGAUGGAAUAAAAUCCCUUCACUAGAUGAAAAGUUGAAUUUAUCGAUUAAUGGUAUUUUAAGCGCGCAAAAGGUACCAAUAUUAUUUAAAAGCACUGUUUGAUGUGUGUGUAUAUUACGUCUAACGUAGUAAUAUGUACUACAAUAUUAUCGUAUAACGAGAUGGCAAAAAAAAAAAAAAAACGAAACAAAUGCUAGGCCAUUUUUAUUAUGAUUUUUUUUCUAUUAUAAAUUUUGUCUCGAAAACCCAAGUGAUUCAGUCAACCAAAAUAGCAACCUCGCCGAUAAAGCCUGAGGCGAUAUCAAAUUUUAAUUGGUAUAUUUUUUUCAAUUUUUAUGUACUUACUUAUUUAUAUAAACUACAUUGUGAAUUAUUUGUCUAAUUUUUCAUACAAUUUUACAGUCACGUUUUUAAACGAGUAGAUUUGAUAAGAUUUUGAUUUUAACAUUCCUUUGUUUCUAGUAACUUGUGUAACUAUGUGUUUUUCCUUUCUUUUAUUAUUUUUUUUAGCGAAUUCUUAUUAUGAUCUGUUGCGUCUAUGGUUUCUUUUACAUUGAAUAAAUAAUGCUUUUUGA